CCAGUCCAAAAGGACUAGGUGUGGUGUGUGUGUGUGUGUGUCCAAGGGGGCAGCGAGGGUGUCCACUCUAUGUCUGAGUACCAGUCUCCACAUCUUGGUGGGUCUUUCGGAGCCAGGCAGGCCGGGCUGAGGCUGCUGGGGAACGCCUCCUAGAUCCCAGCCCAGGACAUCCUGCCCUGCGGCAGCGACAGCAACAGGCUCGCCCCCAGACAAAGGGGCCGGCGCGGCGGGGCGGACUCGCGCAGCCGGGGAGCGCGCGCUCGGCGCAGGGGGUUCUGGCGGCCGGAGGGCGCAGCGCAGACCCAGCGAGGGCCGAGUCCGCGGCGCUCGGGAGACCCGGCACCGGGGCGCAUACCCCGCCCGGCCUGGCGCGGCGCCGGCGCCGGGCUUCCAUUCAGUCUUUGACCCUCCGUCCCCACCCUGCACCCCCCCCCUCCACCCCCGCCCCGCAGGCCGCACCACUGUAACCGCUGCCCCGGCGGCCGCCGCUGCUUGUCGGGCUGGCGGGCGGAGAGCGCGGCGCGGCGGGGCCGGCGGCAUGGCUGUGUCCUGGAGGAGCUGGCUGGCCAACGAAGGGGUUAAACACCUCUGCCUGCUUAUCUGGCUGUCCCUGAAUGUCCUGCUUUUCUGGAAAACCUUCCUGCUGUAUAACCAAGGGCCAGAGUAUCACUACCUCCACCAGAUGUUGGGGCUAGGAUUGUGUCUAAGCAGAGCCUCCGCAUCAGUUCUUAACCUCAACUGCAGCCUUAUCCUCUUACCCAUGUGCCGGACGCUCCUGGCUUACCUUCGAGGAUCCCAGAAGGUUCCAAGCAGGAGAACCAGAAGAUUGUUGGAUAAAAGCAGAACAUUCCAUACAACCUGUGGUGUGACUAUCUGUAUUUUCUCAGGUGUGCACGUGGCCGCCCAUCUGGUGAAUGCCCUCAACUUCUCAGUGAACUACCGUGAGGAUUUCGUUGAACUGAACGCAGCAAGAUACCGAGAUGAGGAUCCUAGAAAACUUCUCUUCACAACUGUUCCUGGCCUGACAGGGGUCUGCAUGGUAUUGGUGCUAUUCCUGAUGAUUACAGCUUCGACAUAUGCAAUACGAGUUUCUAACUAUGACAUCUUCUGGUACACUCAUAAUCUCUUCUUGGUCUUCUACAUGCUGCUGAUGUUACAUGUAUCAGGAGGGCUGCUUAAGUAUCAAACUAAUUUAGAUACGCAUCCUCCUGGCUGCAUCAAUCUUAAUGGAACCCGCUACCAGAAUAUUCACUUACCAGCGUAUCUCUCAGAACAUUUUCAUGAAUCUUUCCCUGGAGGAUUUUCAAAACCAGAUGAGCUUACCCAGAACACAUUUGUGAAGAUUUGUAUGGAAGAGCCCAGGUUCCAAGCUAAUUUUCCACAGACCUGGCUUUGGAUUUCUGGACCUUUGUGCCUGUAUUGUGCUGAAAGGCUUUACAGGUGUAUCCGGAGCAAUAAGCCAGUCACCAUCAUCUCAGUCAUAAGUCAUCCCUCAGAUGUCAUGGAAAUCCGAAUGGUCAAAGAAAAUUUUAAAGCAAGACCUGGCCAGUAUAUUAUUCUACAUUGUCCCAGUGUGUCUGCAUUGGAAAACCAUCCGUUUACUCUCACAAUGUGUCCUACUGAAACCAAAGCAACAUUUGGGGUCCACCUUAAAAUAGUAGGAGACUGGACAGAACGAUUUCGAGAUUUACUACUUCCUCCAUCUAGUCAAGACUCCGAGAUUCUGCCCUUCAUUCAAUCUAGAAAUUAUCCCAAGCUCUACAUUGAUGGUCCCUUUGGAAGUCCAUUUGAAGAUUCACUGAACUAUGAGGUUAGCCUCUGCGUGGCUGGAGGCAUUGGAGUAACUCCUUUUGCGUCAAUACUCAACACUCUGCUGGAUGACUGGAAACCAUACAGGCUUAGAAGACUGUAUUUUAUUUGGGUGUGCAGAGACAUCCAAUCCUUCCGUUGGUUUGCAGACUUACUAUGUGUGUUGUAUAACAAGUUUUGGCAAGAGAACAGACCUGACUAUGUCAACAUCCAGCUGUACCUCAGUCAGACAGAUGGGUUACAGAAGAUAAUUGGAGAAAAAUAUCAAGCACUGAAUUCGAGACUUUUUAUUGGACGUCCUCGGUGGAAACUUCUGUUUAAUGAAAUAGCAAAAUAUAACAGAGGGAAAACAGUUGGUGUUUUUUGCUGUGGACCUAAUUCAAUUUCUAAGACUCUUCAUAAACUGAGUAAUCAAAACAAUUCAUAUGGGACAAGAUUCGAAUACAAUAAAGAAUCUUUCAGCUGAAAACCUUUGAGAUGAACAAGGACUUUAAAGAAGGAAUGAGUGCAAUUUCUAAGACUUUGAAAUGCAGCUGGAUCAAACAACUGUGUCAUGCCAAAGUGUAGCAAGGUUUUCUUAUUUAUGAUUAUUUAAAAUGGAAAUGCAGAGAAUGUGGCAAGAUGACAGGUCACAUUACAUGUUUAAUCUGGAAACCAAAGAGGCCCUGAAGAAUAUUUGAUGUGAUUAUUCACUUUUCACUGCUCAAAUUAAAAGAAAACUAUUAGAUGCACACUAUUGAUUUUUAUGGCAGAUUCAAGAACUCCCUAGUAAGUUGUUGCUCACUGAGAGGCUGAUAGCUUUGGUCCUCUUUAAAUUGUUUUUGGUUGAACAAAUGCAAGAUUGAACAAAAUUAAAAAUUCAUUGAAACUCAGAUUACAUUUUCUACAUGAGUAUAAACAGAGAAGCUUUGAUUUAGAAAAGCUCCAGGUAAUUAUACUAGAAGUCUGAAAAUACAGCACAGGACGCCAUUGAUACGGGUACUUUGUGUCAGUAUCUAAUCUUGCUCACUACUGAUGCUAAUACCUCUACUUAAUAUCCGUAGACUUUAUGCUCAAUGAACCUUUUGCAGAUGUUGAUAUAAUACCUAUAUUUAUAUUUUUCUUUCUUCUUUGUUCCUUAGUCUAGGGAAAUCUGCCCUCCCUUGGCAUGUGUUAGACACAAUGAUUUAAUCUGUCCUUUCUAUCCCCAAUUUAUUUAAUCUAUUACUAUUGCAUUUUAAUGAGGAAAAUAUCAUUACUAUAAAUUAUAAAGGAACAUAUAGGCUAAUAACUUUUUUCCUUUUUCAGCAUUUUGGCCUCUAUUAUUUUUAUUUACCUUUUUUCCCAGUGCAGUUUAUCAUAGCCUCUUAAGGGGCUUUGUUUAGUUUGCACUUUGAAGACCAAAGGGUGUUAUGUCUGCCAGGGUCACUGAGAUAUAAUUUCUCUCUCUUUUGUCACACAUUGGUUUAUGCUGGAGACAUUGAAAGUGUAGUCACAACCCUGAAUAGGAAAUCUAUAUUUUACUCUUUAUACAGGAGGGAAUACUUUAUUUGCUUAUUGAAAUUUAAGUGCAGAAUCAAGAAUAUUAUUGUUGCACUGCCUGGUAUUCUGGGUCCUGAUAAAGAAUUACUGAGUUUAAAGUCACUGUUAGGACCGUGCUGUGUGAUCCUAUCAGUUUAUGCUCCCUGGCCAUUAUAUUCUCAGCUCAGAGAAUAUAACUCACUACCUUAAAAAUUAAGGCAUUUUUACAAUUUAGUGAUUUUCUUUUGUAGACAUCUAUCAAUUGCUAUCAAAUAUAGCACAUUGCUGAAAUCAGCAGUGUAGCUUGUCGUGCCUUUGUUAAAAUUUUGCAUGAUAUAGCAUAACAUGAUAGAUGCUACUGUCAUUUUUUAGCUCUGAUUCACCAGUAGCAAUCAAGCAUGUUAAACCAUCUAGCAUUAAAUGCCCAUGAACAUAUUACUUACAGCUAUUUCUUCCUCUCCUUGGAACUCUUUCUUCUCCUUCUCCGGAAGGAAAGUGAGUCAGAAAAAGAUAUGGGAAAUGUGCAAUGUUCCUGCAGAUUUAGCUCUGAAGGCAUAUUUAAUAACCAGUACAUCUUGGCAACACUUUCUAAAAUAAAAAUAAUUUUCAUUAAAACACAUAACAGGAAAAACUAGUAAAAAGAAACUUAAGUUAGUACAGGCUUGAUAUGCAACACUCUUUACUAAUUAUAAUUUAUUUAUGUGAUUAUAUUAAUACACCUCAUUUUAGUAAAACUGGUGGAAAACUUUUCAAGAAGAAUGAUCUUUCCAAGUAGGUCUGCUAUACUAGAUGAGCUUCUUUGCCUAUUUUAAAUUCUAGUGGAUGUUCCAACGUUGAGUGUUAAACAUAGGUAAUUUUUGCUUCUGUAAGUAGGAAUGAAACUAAGACUUCGUCAUGCAUGUACAAGAGAACUUUGUUUUGUUUUGACGGAUUCUUUCUCUGGGGCUAAUUCUUGUUGGACCAAUCUUAACACAGUAAUUUUAAUGGCAAUAAAUGUUAAAAUUGAAAAGGUAUCCUUGAAAUCUCUAUAAGCUGACUUUACAUUUGCAACAAAUAAAGCAGGCAGAGUUUCUUCACAAGAUGACACAAGUUUAAGAAACAUAAUUUAUUUGAGUGUGCACUAGCAUGAGUGGCCAUAAGGAUCUCAGUUCUGGGGCUGUCGAUGACACUGGCUAGUGGUGUAACUGUGGCAAUUGCUCCUCACUCUGGGAUGAAGACUUCUCAUUCGGACAAGGUCAGUAGUUAGCAGUCUUUUUAGUAAUGUAUAUUUUUGAGAACCUGAUUAAAAUGAAUACUAUGACACACCUACAAAUUAUUACAUAUAAUUUUGGGGGGCCCACAAUCUCCAAAAGCAAGGAUUCCUUUUUAAGAAACUCUGAACAAAUAAUCAUCAUUAUAGAUGUUUUUUUUAUCCUAUGCCUUUCUGUUCUCUGAUUUUUUGGAUGAAACUAUCCUUUUUUUAUAGGAUUAUACUAAGACAUGAACUAUAUGGACAAAGGAAAGGAAAUUAUAUGCCCCAAAACAAAGAAUCCAAUGGAAUCUUCCAUGCAGUUUUUAAUCUUUUUUGGGUCUCCUGUUUUAUGUAAGGGAAUGCUGUGGUUUUUACAUAUCAAUAAUAAUACUAAACUCAGAUUCACAUACACACACACCCCAGACAUACACUUAGGGCUUGUUUUCUGGAGUUGUUUUUUUUUUUUUUUUACUUUUUUUUGUUUUUUUUAAAUUCAAGUUAAAAGUAAAAUGACUGAUAGUUUUUUUAUUUAGUGACUUUAAAUGCCAGUAGGGUGAUUGUGAUAGUGCAAGCACUUAAAACAAAAAAAUAAAAGCAAUGUAGACAAAGCAUAGGCUGAAUUGACUUAAUCCAUAUGUCCAUGUUACUUGUAACCCCCCAAAUCAAUGUUUACUUGGAGCAUUCACAGCAGGUAAUGGAUUUAAAUUAUAAGUCAUUGUUAAAGUGGCUUGCUAGAAGUAAGCAGGCCAUGGUUGUCAUCAACAGAUAAUGUUAGUGCUAAAGAAUGUUCAUUAUAUUAAGGAGAAAAAAUUUUAAGUAAAAAAAAUUUUGUUUCUUUUUUCCUUAAGGAUGAUAAACUCAGCUGAACAGUGAUUUUUUUUCUAAACAAACAAUGAGACACAUUUUAAAGUGCUACUCAUGACAAACAGAUUCCUUUUCUUGUGCUGUCCAGGAUACUUUCAUAUCUGGUUAUAUUAUAGAAACAUAAAAUGCUGAAGUUGGGAGUACUCUUAUUUUGCAGUUGAGGAAUCUGAGACCCAAAGGGAGAUGGAAGCUUGCUUCAAGUCAUCCACUGAGUUUGUCACAGUGUGGAAACUGGAGUCCAGCUUUUCUAAUCUCUGCUACUGAAAAGGCCUUUCCCCCUCCCUGUGACAUAAACAUCUAUUAAGUCACAGCUGUUAGUUUGAAUCUCCUAUAAACUCUAUUUAGUGCUACAUGGAAAAUAAAGUAUGAGUGUUAAUUCCAGAUUCAGAUACAGAAAAUAAGUCUUUUUCCCUAUAUAUCUUCUGAUUAUAAUUUGUUAGUCUUAUAUGUUUUGCUUAUUAGAACCUAUUUCUAGAUAAUCACUUUUAAAAUAUGACAAUUGUGAUAAAGGGAUUAUAUUCUCCAGAAGUUUGUAGUGGAGAAAUAUGUAAUAGUAUAGUUUCUAGGAAAUGCUAAUAUUGUAAUUUUAAAUUGAUUGAUAGAUAGAAGUCAUAACCUCACCAGCUUUCUAACCACCCAGGGAAAUGUUGAUAUUAAAACAAAUGACUGUUGUUCUCUAUUCACAUGACCAUAACAUGCUUCUUGUUCAGGAGAAGAAAGUCAACUUUUUGUAAGCUCUUGAGACUAUAAAUAAAUGAAAUCAAGCAUAGUGAGAUCGACAUUUACUUCAGCUACCACAGAACAAUGAGAACUCUCCAUUUCCUUCUGUCUAAAUCUCCCCUCCAUUACCCCAACUUCUUUAUUUCAUUCUGUAGUAUUCUCAAAGGACAGAGUUGCAAAAGCUAGCUAGAUGAGGUUUUGCAAAGAAAAGAAGCAGACUUCCAAUACUUAGCAAAGAAAGGUCCAUUAAGGGAAAAGAGAAAAAAGGCCAUGUGAAUCACUUAAAAUUAGCAGAGUUAAGCAAUGUUGUUUUAGAACACACACCAGUAAUUUUUUUGAAGCAAAUACACAGAAUUUUUAUUUUCUGCUAUACAAAAGUUUGAUAUUCUUCCUUAUAGAAUCUGAAAAUAGAUUUUUUUUAUUGUAUUUUAUACUGUUGCAAAAUCCCCAAUAAUGUUAAUGCAGUAUCUUAAUACUGCAAUUUAAGAAUCAGUAAGGGCAGGAAAUGCCUCAUAGGAGCAAAACUAGGAGGGAAAAAAAGGGAGUCAGAGAAAGAGAAAUUGUUUAACAGAUCAGGACACGAUUAUGCUUUUUUUCAUAACAUAGAUUCUCAAAUGUGGGCAAAACUAGCUAUUACUCUGGUUUGGGAAAAUGUAGAGAAUGUAGUGUUUGGUUUGUUUUUAGGAAUCCUUUCACAUUUUCAUUGCUACUAGAAUUUUAGCAGAAGCUUUACUUUUGAUCAGAAUUAUAUUUGGCUUCUAUACGAAUUAGAGUUUGAUGAGCUACUGGUGGGCCUGGAGACAACCCCAAUAUUUAGGUGAGGACCAGCACCACGUAAAUGCUCUAGUAUAUGUGGCAAUAAAGAAGCCGAGGCGGCCAUGCACUGGUGCAGCUACAUACACUGCACAUUGAUGUUCUGUCAUUGCAAGGUCAUAUUUCUCAGCGCUUAUCCUUCCACCCAGGGAAUGAAAUCUUCCCAACAACGCAGAUGCUGAGAAAGAUAUUCUCUCUGCUGUAGCAUAACAGUGUAUCUGUUCAGUUAUAUCAGCACAUUCAUCUGAACCUAGUUAUCAUUUUAGGAUGACUAUAUAAUUCAUUUUACUGGUGAGAAAUAUCCACAAGGCAUAAAAUGGGAGCCUUGCUUGCUCCACUGGCUAGGGAGAAAGCAGUUAAAUCUUCCAGCGUAUCCUCUCCAGCUGAGCCUUAAGGAAUGCAAAAUACCUUACCACACAUGCGUUGGAAUGUGACCUGGGUUGCACUCCAUUCUCCGUGAUUGAUUGGAUGUGCUACACAGUUUAUUCUACAAACUCCCAGGGACUAUCCAGAUCAGGAAAAUACCAGCUCUUGAGUCAGCUUGGCGUCUUUAAUCACAUAACUUGGUACCCAGUAGGUACAAUUACAUCCGUAUUUAAAGAUGGCGAUUAUCUGCUUGCCAAAUGGCGUUAGCAGGAAACUGUCUUUAUGUUCUUCUCUUUUCAUUAAAAUUUAAUUUAAAUUCAGAGUUGGGAAACGUAGAAAGCACUUUAAAAAGUGGAAACAAUUGGCGGCAGUUCUUCCCAAGAGUGUGCCAGUUUCAUCAUUUUAUUCAGCCACCUCCAAUGUGUGGAGUGAACAGGAUCCUGGGUUAGAAAUCAGAAGACUUGUAGCCUUUACCCCUGGAAAGUAUUAGACCAUGUGCACAAAAAUAGGAAUAACAUUUACCUCUGCUAAACUUACAGGGAUGCAGUAGGGCAAGAAUGUGGGAGAGGGGAGGAAAGGGUGGUGAAGAAGGAUACACUUCCUGAGCAAAUCUUUAAUAGGUUUUUUGAUAGCACAGUCAAAAUAAAACACUACAAGAGAGUGAAAACACAGGCUUUUCUGAGUCGCACUCCAUUGUAACUGAAAGAACUAAUAUUUGUAUUUUCAGGGCAAGUAAAGAAGUACUCACAAGCCAACUGGCACCACUAUCUCUCUUUGUUCUUCUGAGAUUUCCAUAAACAAAAGUCACCUGUUUGUCCAGUAUAACUGCCCUCUGAAUUCUUCUUGACUAUUUUUGGUCAGGCCCAAUGUGGCUGGAGAUAGCUGUAUUGAUCUAUGACAGUUGAGCUAGGAAUUGCUGGAGGAUGCUAUAAGUCACUUGCUUAUUUAAGGUUUGAUGGAGAAAAAAGCAGGUGUUUUUCAGACAUCCUACUGGAUUAAAACCAAGGCCUUUAUCUUAGAACUAGAAAUAAUUCUAAAAAAGAAAAAAAACACUGCAUCAUAGCUAUUUUUUCCUAGAUGGAAAUAAAUUAAUUUAUCUUUUUCUUACUCUUAACAAAGAUACUUUGUAUCAUAUAUUUUCAUCAAAGCUUACACUAUUUUAUAGAUAUUUGUAUUUAAAUUAUGAAUGUGCAUGUGUAUGUGAGAGAGAGAAUAUUUUUACGAUGGAUUGAAGGAAAAUUGCCUAUAUGAAAAUUACAUUCUGCAAUAAUGUGUAAUGAUACUUUCCAUCUUUCAUUGAUAAGCAUUCAAUGGUGGCAGGUUCACAAUUGGAGGACGUAUAGUCCACUCAUCACAAUAUGAGACACUCAGCAUUCUAGGUGUGGCAUUUGAUUCUUGUUGGGCUAAAUGGAAGUGUGAGUUUACGCGGUGCUGGGGAAGAAGCAUUAACUCAGAUUCAAUAUUUGUAAAGAAUUGGAAAAAAUAAUGCUUACUUUUAUAUGUAAUUGUAUUGUUGUAAAGUUAUGGUACGUUUGUAGAAAACCUUCAUUGUUUUGCUAAACAAAUAAAGCUUGGAUAAAUAUUCUUAAAAUUCCUUUCAUUGUAAACUAAUUGCUCACCUUUGGCAGUAAUAAUCAAGAAUUUUUCCAGGAUUUUGAGUGUGUUAGUAUUGUUUUCAUCCUAAUGAAAGACCAAAUGAUCACACCAGUCUUACUUGUGAAGAUAUUAAACAAGUAAUAUUUAAGAAAUGUCACUUUGAAAAAUUUUGAACGUGGUAUAGUAACAAGCUUGUCAACACUCUUGUAACUUUCAGUUCAGCAGGAUGUAUAAUUGGGAAUUAUGGAAUUCUAAUCUCUAAAUUUACUAUGCUGGGUUUGGGAUUUGGAUUUUAUCUUUGGUUUCUUUGUUUUUUG